UUAAGAUAUCAGUUUAAUGAAAAAUUUGCGCAGCUAUUUCCAUUUUUAACCUUAACUGCAUAUCUGGAUAUUCAUAUUCUUUCUACGGGAGAACACAAUUUCAUCCGUGUCCCGUACCCCUCAUUUCCCCCUCCAUCGGAAUCAUUAUCAUCCCCCGUUAAUCAUGACCUCGCCAAAAACGCGGCCUACUUUAGAGAAGGUUCCUACCGAAAUUUUGGAUGAUAUCACAACUCUGUUGCAGUUUGGAGACAUUUGCAGCCUUCGUGUAGUAUCACGAACCAUUGCCGCCAAAUGCGUCCAUGGGAAGCUGAAGAAAUAUUUUGCCAAUAAGACAGUGGAGUGGACAUCGACAGCACAGGUGCAGGAGUUUGUGCAGCUAACAAAGCCCCAAUGGAUGGGCUGCUUUCUGCAGCACCUGACCAUCGUUGGCAUAUCGCCGGCGUCUACAGCUUCGUCUAACCAGAUUCUUCUGGGUAAUGCUCUGGAUAAUCUCCGACUGAAUUCAGUACAUGGGGGAUUACAAUCCAUUGUCUUACAGGUUCGAGGGCGAGAUAAGAAGAGGAAUAUUAUAUCUUCCGAAAAGGUCCGCGACUGGAUGUCAAUCUGGAUGACUGCAUCCCGGACUUUUGAAAUCGUCUGUCGAGCACUCAUAGAUAGUGCCCUCCCUAUUCAAAAACUGGAUAUAUUCGGUAGUAUCCCUCGCUGUAGUCUUGCUUGCAACAGUAUUGCGCAAGUUCUAGAUUAUACAGACUUGUCUAAAUCCCUCAACAGAUUGAAAUCCCUAACGCUAAGCCUGUCGCACCAGGUUGUGGAGGAGGCAAAGCGCGGUUCAUCGGAGUCUCUUCCCAGUGACAAAAGUUGUGUCGGUGAUAUUUGGCAUCUUAUCAAAAUGUGCCAUCAGCUUGAAAGUCUUGAACUCCACUGGUAUAACCUGCACAGCGUUGUUAAACUGAACGAAGUGCAGAGGGAGGAUCGACUUUUCUUCACUCAAGUCGUGCAACUAGACCAUCUGUCACAACUGCGUCAUUUCUGUUUGGAUGGAAUAUGCACGGAUGAGUAUACACUUCUUAGUUUUCUCAAGCAGGCGCCCCAGCUUUGUAGCGUAAGAAUGGAAGAUGUUGAUCUCAAGGCGGGCAAGUUCGCACCUGUGUUCAGCUACCUGACCAACAAUAUGCCACACUUGGGCCAGUUGUAUCUGGAUGAUCUUUUCGAAAGUCGUCUAAUUUGCUUUGAUGGCCCUGGAGAACCGAAUUUCCCAAGCUCUGCGACGAACGGUCCAAAUAAGCUGAUAAGAAUAGGAAAUGAUUGUCAGCAACCAAUCAGAUAUCGCUUGAUGAAAGGUCAUUCUCUGGGUUCUGCCCAAGGUUUGAAAUAUAUUCGCAGAAAAAGGCUGCUAUAUGGUCCUCCAGAUGAAUAUAUUGCAAAUGUUGAUGUUAUCACUUAAAGUUUGCGUCAAUGAUGUUUCGCAUACUGGUUUCCCGAGGGCUGGAAUAGCAGUAUGGUAUAAUAGGUUACUUAAUUAUUUUAUACUUUUUCUUAUUUAAUUAUAUAGGGUUCAAAUCUUUUAAAAGCUUUUUAAAUAAG